AAAGGGAAUUUCAUACUUUAAGCCUUUGCUCAUACUUCUUUAAAAAAAUUACUAAGAGAAUGGAAUCCUAUAGUUCUUCCAAUUUGCUCAAAGCUCAAAGCCACAUAUGGAAUCAUAUUUGCAACUUCAUAAAUUCCAUGUCACUAAAAUGUGUUGUUGAUUUAGGCAUACCAGAUAUCAUACACAAUUAUGGAAAACCCAUGCCACUCUCAAAACUCACUUCUUCACUACCAAUCCACCCUUCGAAAAAACCAUGCAUCCCUCGCUUGAUGCGAGUCAUGACUCAGGCUGGCUUUUUCGUUGAACAUAAUGUUAACGAUAAUGAGUUAGAAAUUGAGUAUAUGCUUACCGAUGAAUCUAUACUAUUGCUUAAGGAUCACCCAAUGAGUGUGACGCCCUUUUUGCAAGCAGUACUCCAUCCAAUUUUGGCGAACCCGUGGCAUGAAUUGUCAACUUGGUUAAAAACCGAUGAUCCUACGACAUUUGAAACUGCACAUGGAAUGUUGAUAUGGGAUUAUGCGGCGCGUGAGCCUGCCUUUAACAACUUAUUCAAUGAUGCAAUGGCGAGUGAUGCUCGAUUGGUCACUAGUGUGGUGAUUGAGAAAUGCACCGGAGUGUUCAACGGUUUGGAGUCAUUGGUUGAUGUUGGAGGAGGCACCGGGACCAUGGCAAAGGCGCUUGCUAAAUCAUUCCCAAAAAUGGAGUGCACUGUAUUUGAUCUCCCACAUGUUGUUGAUGGCUUGCAAGGAAGUGAUAACUUAAACUACGUUGGUGGAGAUAUGUUUAAGAAAAUUCCUCCGGCUGAUGCCAUUUUGUUGAAGUGGAUAUUACAUGAUUGGAAUGACGAAGAAUGUGUAGAGAUAUUAAAAAAGUGUAAGGAUGCAAUCGCGAACAAAGGUAAAAAAGCGAAGGUGAUUAUCAUAGAUAUGGUGGUCGACAAAGAGAAGGGAAAUGGUGAAUCGGUUGAAACACAACUCUUCUUUGAUAUGCUCAUGAUGGUGUUGGCCUCCGGAAAAGAAAGAACCAAGAAAGAAUGGAUUAAGUUGAUUUCUUCAGCUGGUUUCAGUGACUAUAAGAUCACUCCAAUUUUAGGACUAAGAUCACUCAUUGAAAUUUAUCCUUAAUAAAAUCUACCUAAGUCUUAUAAUUCUCAGUUGAGAAGUGAAUAAGAAUGGAUUGACACUACUAUCAUUCAUAUGUGUGAUUGUAAUUUAUAAUUUUGUGAAACAUUGGAAUAAAGUGAUUUGAUUUGGACUCUUUCAUUAUGUGUAUUUGUUGGAAAAAUCAUGCAAGGGAAAAUAAUUCAAAAACAUGUUUAAUUGUUAUUGACUUCAAUUGCCUAUAUAUUUUCAGUAUUUGGUGACUUAAAUU